AGAAAGUCUUGUCCGGACGCUGAAAGUUCUCGCGCACCUACCCUUCAAAUUCCGCGCAUCGCUCCGCCCUUGCGAAACCAGCCGUGGGGUCACCGACAGGACUCUUCUUGCUCUUCUUGAUCUCCACGAAUUCGACGAGGAAACGCAGCCCAAGACGAACACGCCCACUUGCGGGUCGCGGCUGACGUUUGUUAAUUGAUCCCCAGGAAAGAAAAAAGAGGAAAGAAAUCAGCUUGCAAGAGAGAAUUCAAAGGAAGGAAGGAGACCCAUUUAUGAUCUUUCAAGAAGAUGCCCGUCGCAUGACGCGUUGAACCCAGAUAGAAAAAGGAAAGAAAUCAGCUUGUGCAAGCGUUCGCAGGAGGAAGGUCAUUUUCAAGAAGAUGCGCAUCACGUGACGCCUCGGAGAAGCAAGAAAGCAUCGAGGAUAGAGGAAAGACGAUGAAUGCGUUGAAGGGGAGAGUCUCGGAGAAGCUUUCGGGUCUCUUUGCUCCUUCCCCGGGAUCUUCUCCUCCUCCCUCUCCGUCUCCACAAUCCAGCGACCAUGGGAACCAACCCCAGGCCAGGCCGAGUUCCCAAGAAAGAAAGUCUCUCUCUUCGUACUUUUCUUACUUUGUUCCAACUAGCAGACUUGAUGGACUCAGAUCAAAGAAGUGUGAGCAGGACGUCGAACUCUAUCAAUCACUUCCUGCUGAGUGUAAUGAUGAAAAACCUAGAUGGCAAGAUGUUUCUUCAGAAGGUUUAGAAUUUACUCUAGAUAAAAGCAAAGCAACAGCUGAUGGCCAUGAAAAUUCAAAAAAAUGUGCUUCAGUCUGUGAGAACGGGAAAUCACUAAGUACAAAGGAAGAAGAUGAAGGAAGUACCAGUAGUUCUGACUUGUUUGAAGAGGCAACUGACAAGCAUUGCUCAGACAAGCCUCUUCAAAAUCUUGUGGACAAUUCUGUCUUUAUCUCCCCUGAUCUAUACGAAUUUUUGCACUCAUGCCUUCCAAAUCUUGUGAAAGGUCGCCAAUGGGUCUUGCUGUACAGUACGCUAAGACAUGGUAUCUCAUUGCGUACACUUAUCCGCAAGAGUGCUGACCUUUCUGGCCCCUGUUUGCUGAUUGUUGGUGACAUGCAAGGAGCAGUGUUCGGUGGCAUGCUAGAAUGCCCCUUAAAACCUACAGCGAAAAGGAAAUAUCAGGGGACAAACCAAACAUUUGUAUUCACAACCUUAUAUGGGCAGCCAAGAUUGUUUCGACCAACAGGUGCCAAUAGGUACUACUACAUAUGCAUGAAUGACUCACUUGCACUUGGCGGUGGAGGCAACUUUGCCCUGUCCUUAGAUGGAGAUCUGUUAAGUGGAACAAGUGGACCCUGUGAAACAUUUGGGAGCUUAUGUUUGGCUCACAACCCAGAGUUCGAGUUGAAGAAUGUUGAGUUAUGGGGCUUCACUCACUCAUCAUACUAUACUACAAGACCUGAAGUUGCAACAAGGCCUGCUCGCGCUGCUCUCGUCUGAAGUUCAUUCUUUAUUGUUUCAAUUUUGCCUUAGUAAAUGCACAUCUAUCCUCAGAAUUCUGUAGCCAGAUAGGUCUAUUUAUAUUAGUUGUGGAGGCACCCUCGAGGUAUGUGAUGGGGCCAAACGGCUGAUUGUGCCGGUUACUUAAGACUUGUUCGUGUUUAAACUCAUUUCAACUUCAAAUGAAGCUUGUUUUCAAUUCUUGUAAAACUUCUGAUUCGACCUCCACUUAUAUAAGAGUGAGGAAUUCUUGUGGGUGUGCGCGGUUA